CUUGUUUUAUUGCUUGUCCUUUCAAGCUGACUGACUUUGAAGAUGAGCUGCUUACAUAAUCCUUAUUCACCCAAUUGCUCAGCGCGUCGCGUUCUGGGUCGGGCGACAUGAUGAUGAAUGCACGACCAACAUUGAUGGUCAACUUAAUCUUUUUCUCCAUCUUGAUUCGAAGGCAGAAUCACUAUGGAGAAUCAAGCAACAUCCUCAUCUACUCAAUUACCCGACCCAUCUCUACCCGCUCCUCCUUUGCAAGAUGAUGAACAAGGUUUCACAGCAGCACAACUAAUCGAAAAACAAGCUGAAUUAGAAGAAGCAGCUCGACAAGCAGUACCUUUUAGCUUUACAAAAGGAGGCUGUACGUAUGAAAGAGGGUAUAUACGACAACCCGUAUAUGCUUGCAAAACGUGCGGCGGAGGUGGUGUUUGUGCUGGUUGCUCGGUAGGCUGUCAUGCAGAUCAUGAAUUAGUGGAAUUGUUUGCAAAGAGAAACUUUCGUUGUGAUUGUGGAACACUUUCGCUUUGUAGAGGAAAAUCGGAAAAGGAAAAGGCGCUCUUGCCAUGUUCUCUGCGUAUAAAAGAACUGAACUUCGCACCGCAGAACGAUGAAAACACAUACAAUCAGAAUUUUGAUGGUCAAUUUUGUCGAUGCGAACGUGGAAAGUCGUACGAUCCCGAAAAGGAAGAUGAGACCAUGUUCCAAUGUCUAAUCUGUGAAGAUUGGCUACACGAGUCUUGCACUUCUUUACGUCCACAUAAGUCUCCACUAGAAGCAUCGGAGUCUCAAUCACCUAAUCGUUCCAUAUCCGAUGGGCCUCUUGUGGAUCAUGAAUCGUUCGAAUUAUUCAUCUGUCAUGAAUGCAUACAAAAGCCUACCAAUUACAUCCUGCGUCGUUAUUUGGGAGCAAAAGGAUGGAUUAUUUGCUUACCAGAAGGUCCCAAUCAAAUUCUACCCAAGGAAAUUGAUGGUAUCCCUGCAAUACCUGUCGUUGCAAAAGGCGAAGGUUGGACGAGUUCUUGGAAGGUGUAUGGACUACUCAAUGGUACAACAUUAGCACAAGAGAAAGAGCCGGUGCAAGCCAAGGUCGAGCAACCUUUGCCUACAACAAUGCCAAAUGAAGGAGAAACUAAGAGAAAAGCCUCAGAAGAACCAAGCCAAGAGGAUGGAAAAAGCGAGAAAAGAGCCAGAAAAGACAUCAACGGUCUCAGCGUACUAGACAAUUUCUCCGAUGCAGACAAUGAAUCUGUCGGAGGUGCAGAUGCACCAUUGAUACCUGUCAGCGCAGACAAAUUGGAAGAGCUGGACAUUUGCAUAGAACCAGACGUACCUUUAUUUGUGCAAGAAGAAAAAGUUGCUCGAUUGGAUAUAUUUUUGACAGAGUCAUUUCGUGAUCGGAUAUGCAGAUGUAAACGAUGCGCACCUGAUUGGACUCAUUUACCAUUCCUUCUUGCGCCUGAAGAGACGUACUCACCACCUCAAUCGCAAGUUGAGGAAGAUGGACUGGAUGGGAGAUCGGAGGCGGGCGGUUCACAAACUUCUUCAACGUACGAUUUAGGUUUAGCAGCUUUGAGCAAAUUACCACGGGAAAGGAUGAUGGAAUCUUUGCAGGCAUACAACAAAAUGAGAGAUGCACUCUUUGAUCAUUUGCGUCCUUUUGCCGAUCAAGGAAAGGUUGUCGAUGCGGAAAGCGUUCGUGAAUUUUUCAGAAAACAGAAAGAGGGAAACGCCUAAAAAGCGCCAAGAAGAUUGCUCUGCCACCAUUUUCGUCUCCUUGUAUUCGUUGACAACAAUUUCAUGUAUAUUAGAGCACACUGUAUAUACCAUCAUGUAUUAUCAAUCACCUUGUCUUCAUUGCCAUCUGCUGAU